AUGGCGGCACCAAUUGGUUAUGUUGAUCCAACAAACACCACCAUAGAAGACACAGCUUCUCAACCUUUAAUGAAGAUUCAAAGCUCAAACUUAUGUGUUCAAUGUGAUGUUUUGAAGUACCCAAGAGAAUUAAAGAUGUUGAUUGUUGCUCUCAAACACUUUGUUCUCUCAAUGGUUAUGAGUUCUGCAUUCUCAGUACCUAUGACUUGGUUAUCCUUGGUUGGUUCAACUCUUGUGUUCAACAAGAUAACCAAAGUGGUGACGUUUCAAUUGACAAAUGAAAAGAAGUAUAAGCUUACUAAGAGGCAGUUUGCACAAAUUAUGAAGCUUUCAGUGUGA